CUGAGACGAGAGGCGGCUGCGCUCCUUUUUAUUACUCAAUUAUUUCUCCCUAUUUAUAACUUUGUAUAUUCUCUUCAUUUCAUCCACAUUUCUCGAACCAAUUUUUAUUUUGUUCUUCUUGGUAUAAAGGAUGCCAUCUGAUUUUGGUUGGAUGGUUCCAAUUGAAGUGAUGUUGGGUUCUCUAAAUCAUGGAGAAGUCCAAGCAUGUAGCAUUUCCAUCAUUCCAGACAAACUUAGAGAAGUUAAUGAAGAUGCUUACAAACCAACACAUAUAUCCAUUGGACCUUUACAUAGAGGAGCCACAAGACUCCUUCAAUUAAUGGAAGAACCAAAAUGGCAUUACAUGAACAAGUUUCUUGAUCGACAAGGAACAAUACAAGAACAAAAUAGAAAACCGGAGUUAAGGUUAAGAGAAUGCGGCUUCGACAUUCUCAAAUUAGAUAAAAUUGUUCGUGCAAGCUAUGGUGGAGGAAGCAACAACAUCAUCGAAAAAACAAAAGAACACGACAUCGCUAAAAUUAUGAUAGUAGAUGGUUGUUUUCUGUUGGAACUUCUCAUUAGGCUUGGAGAUUAUACGGAGAAUCAAGCAACAACUUCUUAUAACAACGACAUAAUCUUUAAAACAGAGGAAAAGGUGUUGUCCAUUUUAAACGAUGUAACAAUGCUUGCAAAUCAAAUUCCUUUUCUUGUUCUCAAGAAGUUAUAUAGGAAGGUAUUUCCCGAUGGAAGUGUAAUCGAAGACGAUCAUCGUGUGGCUAAUAUUGUUCGUAAGGCUUUCGGUUACCCUUCGGUGAAUAGAUCGGGAGGUGCUCAUAUACUUCAUUUGAUGCACUUGUCGACAGUGGAUCAAAACCAACAACAUGAAGGGAAAAAAGCGGAGAUAGAAUUAUUGAGAUGUGCUACAAGGCUACGUGCGUCUGGGGUAAUAAUUCGACCAAAAUUAAAUAGCACAAAUCAAAAUCAACAUAAAUUUGUUGAUAUGUUUGAUUUUGAUAUUAGUUUUAGUGAUUCAGGAGAGUUGGAUAUUCCACCGUUAUAUGUUAAGGAAACAACAGAAGUAAAGUGGAGGAAUUUGAUUGCUUGGGAGCAAAGCAAAAUUUGGAUUCAAUGCAAAUACACUUCUUAUGCGCUUUUCUUCAACGGUUUGAUAUGUUGUGAACACGACAUUGAAUUGCUUAAAGAAAAAAGGAUUAUUGUAAAUGAGGUAAACAAAAGUAACAAAGAUUUGUUGACUUUGUUUCACACUAUAUCUAAAGGUGCUGAACACAUGGAUUUGAGUUAUAAUGAAAUUUGUGGAAUGUUGAAUGACUAUAAAUACAAGGGGAUGAAAGUCGCUGAAGUGUUGAGAAAAUUUCCUAUAAAUGCUUGGCAUCAAUGGAGGCGAAUUUUUGAUAUUGUUGUGUACUAUGUGGGAAAUUGGUACAAUAUUUUGAUACGUGACCAUAUACCUACGGUUUGGAAAUUCAUAGGAAUUGUGGCAGCUGCUAUACUCUUGGUUCUUACUAUCAUGCAGACAUAUUACUCAUCUCGCACCAAGGACUAAUUUGUUUUGUUAUCAGAUUGUUAUUUGGCAUAUAGUAGUUUUCAUCAAAAUGUUGCAGUUAUUAAUCCUUUACGUUUUGACAAUAGUCCCUCUGUUUUUUUCAUAAACAUCCAAAAUAUGUCAUGUAUUAAGGAAAAAAGAAUGGAAAAAAAUAUAUUAAGAAAAUUUGAUAGUGCAAUCAAUAUAUACAUUGUGUAUUAUAAUUACUAAA